CGGAGCAGCUCCGCCAUGUCCACAUAACCCCCUUUCUGAAUUUUUCGUGCCAGCUUCGCUGGGAGGCCAUCACUCAACACGAACAGGGCCUCGUCUUCUGACGACCUGCCCACAAUCAAACUGGCACCACCCCCACUCGGGGUGAGAGGUGGGUCUUCUGCCUCGAUCAAUGCAGAGAUAGAGUAAUGGCAGGCUCAGGUCCCGCACUUCACUACAUGCAGGUCAUCACCGGAAAUUAGCAAUGAGUGAGGAACCCCAUGUCCACCACCCCAUCCUUGUGAGGACACGGCAUCUGCCUCAGUAGAGGCACAGUCACCAGUGCCAGAGGGUAACCAGAGGUGACCUUAGUGGAGGCUAAGCUCUAGAGGGUGACAUAUAUCUGCCUCAGUGGAGGCCCAGCAUUUUCUAGUGUACAUGCACUAGAGUAUACUUACUAUAUGCUAUAUCAGAACUUCUGCUUACUAUAAUUAUGUCAACUACCAUAAUUAUUAAUUUCUCGUCUACAUUAGAGUAUCUACUAUGCCAAUUAUUAUAUAAAAGUAUGUAGGACUAUAGCUCCAAGCAGCUAGGCUGUGACAGCACGUACCGGUGUGGGCUGGUGGGGGGGAGAUAGCUUCCCUCACAGCAGUCCUUAACAUGUCCCGGAGUUCCUCGCGGGAGACGUUAGCCCGGGUUACCCCAUCAGUUUCUCUCUUCUUCCGUGGCCAUAGUACCAGUGUAGAGAACGAGGAUCAAAAAGGAUAAGAAAUAUCAGUUUGCCUUCUUUUCUGACACAUGCGACUGACACUACUAUGUGGUCCACCACGCGCAUGCUCAACACUCGACUUACCCUGGCUCAUACUUGGCGUUAACAUGUCUUGACAUUUUAAACUUCCUGUCUGACAUAUGCAAGUAAAUCCUGUGUACUGUGCUUGUAAUAGCCCUAAAACUCAUGAUUGAUUUGAACGAGCAACCAAGCAGAGUGCACCAGUUUUUGGUCCACCAUUUUAACCUAUAGGGCUAACAAAAAGCGGCUUUCUAUCCACGUGUCACUGACUUUAGCUUAAGAAUUGCUCUCCUUUAUGUGUUGUUUGUACCACAUUUUUAUGCAUGCACAGUAUCUACAUAAGUGUCUCAUUGCCUGCAGAAAUUUUAUGAAUAUACAUAUAGCUCGACCUACAUAUAGAAUCUGAUUUAUAAAAGUAUCUGGUUUUGAAUGCAAUUAAGGCUUUUUCGAUUGAUUGCGACUUUUUGCAUAGAGUGCAACCCAAGGAGCAAAGUAAUUUUCACAAUAGAUAAAGAGCUUGUACAUGCAGUGUCAUCACAAAUUAAGCACGUACCGUAUAUAGCUAGUAAUUUCCAGGGGACAAAAUAUUUGCAGUUUUCAUGAUUGGAGCUCAGACCACCACAAAUAAUCACCAAACUCUUAGUUUGUCUAGUUGCUGAUAAGUUGAUCGAAAAUUGUAAUCAUUUCCUGAUAUUUCUGGGCUUUAGCUAAAUCAAGUUCCUUGAGGUGUGCAUGAACAUUGUUCAGUGAAAGUGUUCCUGUUAACGUUAUCGUUAUGUUUAUUUGGUAGGACAAAUAACUAUGGCAGCAUCUUUUCCUGUGUGGUGUGUAUACUGACGUUACCAUGUUUGGUGGUACUGCAUACCACAAAACAGGUCAACAAUAAUUAUGACUUCUUAGAGAUGAGUUUUAGAGAUAUCAAUCUGCAUGUGUGUUGUAUUUGGUGAGUAUACUCUACAAGAAUGAAUACUAACAGUGAAUACCUUGCUGAACAACUUUACUCGGCUAGCUACUAUGGUCAUGAUCAAGCAGUGCUGGAGCUGCUACAGAGAGGAGCUCCACCCAACAGCGACUACUACACUGUAGAGAAGCGAAGGCACACUCCACUACACAUGGCAUGUGCUCAAAACCAUCUUCAUAGUACAGAACUACUCAUCAAGUUUGGAGCCUUUGUAGCUGCUACAAGUAUUCGUGGUUGGACCCCCUUACACUCAGCAUGUUACAACAACAACAAGAUCAUUGCUAAGCUCCUAAUGAAGCACCAUGCACUGUCCCACAGAUAUCAAAGACAGUAAUGAACUGACUGCUGCUGAUUGGGCCAGAGUGAAGGGGUACCAUUCAUUGGUAGACUGUGUAGAGAGGUUCCAGCCUGGACCUAGAGAUCCCUUGCCCUUGUACCCAACACUGGAACAGCUGAGUCGGCUGGAAUGUGACCGAUGGCUUCAACUUGGUGUUCAAUUGGGAUUGGACAAUGAUCAACUGGAAAGUAUAAAGAAGAGCCAACAUCCCACAGUAGAAACACUCCGGGCAGCUAAAUUCGAGAAUAUUGACAUGCAAUGGAAGGAUAUUGUGGAAGCUCUACUGGACAUCAAAGAAGGUGCGAGUGCUCUGUCAGUGGGUGCAUUCUAUGGCUGGCUGUACUGGGUCAAGUAUCUUGUGGAAACUGUGAGCCUCAAUCCAAAAGAGCCAGUCAACAAGGCUGGUGACACCCCACUCUCUCUGGCCUGUGCCAAUGGCCACUUAGACACAAUCAAGUACCUUGUGAAUGAACAUCGUUGUGAUCCUAGAAGUACAAUCAAUAAGGCCAGUGACACCCCACUCUCUCUGGCCUGUGCCAAUGGCCACUUAGAUACAGUGAUAUACCUUGUGAAUGAACAGCAUUGUUAUCCUAGAAGCACAGUUAACAAGGCUGGUGACACCCCACUCUCUCUGGCCUGUGCCAAUGGCCACUUAGACACAGUCAAGUACCUUGUGAAUGAACAUCGCUGUGAUCCUAGAAGUACAGUGAACAAGGCUGGUGACACCCCACUCUCACUGGCCUACAAAAACAGACACUUGGAGACUGUUAAAUAUCUUGCUCAAGAACAUCAAUGUGACACAAAAUUUGCAGUAAAUGAGGCUGGAGACACUCCUCUCUCUCUUGAGUGCUCCUGUGGUAACCUGGAGAUGAUUAAGGCUCUCAUUAACAAGCAUGUUGAUCCAAAUAAGCCAGUCAACAAGGCUGGUGACACCCCACUCUCACUGGCCUACAAAAACAGACACUUGGAUACUGUCAAAUAUCUUGCCCAAAAACAUCAAUGUGACACAAAAUUUGCAGUAAAUGAUGCUGAAGACACUCCUCUCUUCCUUGAAUGUUCCCGUGGUAACCUGGAGACAAUCAAGGCUCUCAUCAACAAGCAUGUUGAUCUAAAUAAGCCGAUCAACAAGGCUGGUGACACCCCACUCUCUCUGGCCUGUGCCAAUGGCCACUUAGAUACAGUGAUAUACCUUGUGAAUGAACAGCAUUGUUAUCCUAGAAGCACAGUUAACAAGGCUGGUGACACCCCACUCUCUCUGGCCUGUGCCAAUGGCCACUUAGACACAGUCAAGUACCUUGUGAAUGAACAUCGUUGUGAUCCUAGAAGUACAGUGAACAAGGCUGGUGACACCCCACUCUCACUGGCCUACAAAAACAGACACUUGGAGACUGUUAAAUAUCUUGCUCAAGAACAUCAAUGUGACACAAAAUUUGCAGUAAAUGAGGCUGGAGACACUCCUCUCUUUCUUGAGUGCUCCCGUGGUAACCUGGAUGUGAUUAAGGCUCUCAUUAACAAGCAUGUUGAUCCAAAUAAGCCAGUCAACAAGGCUGGUGACACCCCACUCUCACUGGCCUACAAAAACAGACACUUGGAGACUGUUAAAUAUCUUGCUCAAAAACAUCAAUGUGACACAAAAUUUGCAGUAAAUGAUGCUGAAGACACUCCUCUCUUCCUUGAAUGUUCCCGUGGUAACCUGGAGACAAUCAAGGCUCUCAUCAACAAGCAUGUUGAUCUAAAUAAGCCGAUCAACAAGGCUGGUGACACCCCACUCUCGGUGUUGUACAAAGGUGGACACUGGGAAGUGGUCAAGUAUCUCGCCAUCACUCAUCACUGUGAUACAAAACGUGUCCUCUUACUAGCAGUAAAGCAAGGUCAGAAAGCAUACGUGAAGGAACUACUGGAAGAAUGCCACAGCGAUCCAAAUGUAACUGACAAAGAACGCAAGUCAACUCUCGAUUUGGCCAACGACCCUGAGAUCAUAAAGCUCCUCUUAAAACAUGGAGCCAAAACUGCCAAUGUCUACAAGGAACACAGCAAGCUCAUCGGGGAGCUCUCCUCCGAGCAACCUCUACAUCUUCCUUUGUUUGUACUCCUCACUGGUGAUGGUGGUGUGGGGAAGAGCACUCUGUUAAAGUCCAUUCUGAGCUCAAAAGGGUUUUGGGCUAUAUUCCAGGAGGCAAGACCCGUAGAUGGCGUCGAUGCGAGGACAGUGGGGAUCAUACCGCACGAAGUAUACACCAAAGAGUUUGGGAGAAUCAUCUACUUUGAUUUUGCUGGCCAGAAAGAGUUUUACACGAGCCAUUGUGCCAUUCUGGAGAAUGCUGUUCAAACCUCACCACCCAUCAUUAUCCUCUGUGCUAAGCUUAUAGAAAGUGAGCAGGCAAUUAUUGAUUCUAUGUAUCGCUGGUUGACCCUCAUCCAAAACCAGUGUGCCAAUUUGAAAAAAAAAGCACACGUGAUAGUAGUUGGUAGCCAUGCCGAUCAAGUGAAGGAAAUGGGAGAAGAUCCACGAGGCAAAGAGGGCAUCUUUGCCCCCCUUAUCAAGCAAUUCCCGAAGUUUGAGUUCACAGAGUUCAUUCCAAUGGAUUGUCGCUUUGCUGAUUCAGAUGACAUGAAAAAAGCACGAAAACAAAUUCAGAAAAGCUCCGCUAUUCUCCGCUCUCCAGAAACCAUCAGCCUAAAUGCUCACACAUUUUACAUCUACCUUGCCGAAAGCUUCAAAGACGACCUUGCUGUGUCGUUGGGAAAUGUCUACGAAAAAAUUAAGAGCAAUCUUAAUGCUACUCUGUCAAAACGCAUCAGUGAUAUUCUUUCUUUCAUACCCAGCACCCUCCCUCACCUUGUAAAGAUCUGUGACCAGCUGCAUAAAAGUGGUCUCCUCUUGUUUCUCCGCAAUGACAGCUCUCCAGAGAAGUCUUUCUUAGUGAUUGACCAAGUAACACUUCUGUCCAGAGUCACUGGUACCGUGUUUGCUCCUGAAAGUUUCCGCCAACACUGCAAACUAGCUUCAAGUACUGGAGUGGUGCCUUUGUUAAAAUUCAAGAAAGUAUUCAAUGGCCUCAACAUAGAGAUGCUGAUUGCCUUCAUGUCCCAUUUAGAGCUGUGUUUCGAAGUCAUAGACAAGCAAGUCUUGAAAUAUAUUUCAAAGAAGAUUGCUGACCAAGACGCUUCUGUUCCUGAGUUUGACACUCGAUACCUCUUUUUUCCAGCACUUAUUCGAAUCGAAACUCCGGAGCAAGUUUGGGAAGAAGCUCAAAGCAUCAAGUACCAUUUUGGUUGGAUACUUGAAACCUCUCAAAACACCGAGUUUUUCGAUCCUCGCUGCUUUCAGGUCCUCAUUCUGAGGAUAGUGUUCAAGUUCCGGCUUGCCCCAUCCAUGAGAGUACAGCAUGAUAUUCCUUCCCUGCAAAGAUUUUGUUCUGUGUGGAAGAGUGGAAUAUGCUGGUGCAAUGAUGAUGGGAUCACCGCACACCUCGAACUUGCUGAAAAUGGCCGAUCUCUGGCUCUCAAGAUGCGCACUGGCACAGUUCAACCUGAAAAUCUCAUUCUUCGCUCUAAAAUUGUGAGCACAAUCCGCGAGACUGUUGAAAGUUUUGGCCGCAAUGUGAAUGUCAUAGAAACAGUGAUCGAUCCAGAUCAUGUUCUUAAACAUCCUCUAAAAAAACCCUCUGAACUCCCACUGAUCAAUGUCCAGGAUAUUGCAGCAGCUGUCUGCUACAACAGAAGAAUGAUCAAAUCGACACGUCAAGUUGGCCUCACCUUUAACCACCUCUUACAGUUUGAACCGUACGCUGGCCUGGAUCAAUCCACCUUACAGUGUAUCCACAGUGAAAAGAAUGCCAAGAAAGACGAGAAAAUUUCCAGAGCUUUCAUUUCCCAUUUUUCCAAUCAAGUUGCCAACCCAGACAGUGAAAAUCCAGAUCAAAUUUCUCGAAACAGUCUCAUGUACAUAAAAAUCUUGGGCCAUUUUCGAUCUUCAAAUAUCAAAAUUCCGUCCGGCAGUCCCAGACAGGAGGUAGUCCAGGCCCUUGAAAUGUGGAGGAGUGAGACUGAGGGAACUUACAGCUGCCUGAGGGAGACUCUUAAUACGUACAGCGUCUUCACUGGGAGAAACCCUCUGGAUUUGGCGUGUGUGGCUCACAACGAGGUUGAUCUCUCUGCAUUCCCCGAUGAUACAGGAAAAAACUUGCUGCAAUUAGAUAAAGUGAAGAAUGCACUCAUUGAAAUCUGUGCUGACUGGUACAGUCUGGCAAUACAGUUGGAUAUAGAUUGCAAAACUCGAAAGGUCAUUGAGCGUGACCACCCAUUGACGGAAGCUGGGUUCCAUACCAUGUUGCAACACUGGGUGAGGAGACCCUCCCCUCUCCCCUCCUGGUUGGCCCUCAUUAGAGAACUAAAGUGUCCCGUCAUCAAUCGUGCAGACAUUGCAGGUGACAUAGAGAAACAUCAGGGCGUCUCUACAAAUUGGGAAUCGUCCAUUUCCUCUCAGGCUCAUCAGUACUUAUUUCUCCAAAAAUGCCCACUCAGUGUGGACCAGCACCUGAAGGUGGUGAGAGAGGCCACCUGGGACGCCAGAGCCAAAUGGCAGUGUUUGGGAGAGGAGUUAGGAGCUUCCAUUGGAAAACUACAUGAGAUUCAGCACAAUCAUCGUGAUGUGGCUGGAGCUUGCUUAACGACUAUGCUGGAGCACUGGUUAAUCCAGACAGACCCUUCCCCCUCCUGGUUUGCUCUCAUUGAGGCUCUCAGAUCCCCUGCUCUUGAUCGGGGAGACAUUGCUAGUGAGAUUGAGACUAGGAUCACUACCAAACCAUAGACAAGUGGUCACAUGCAUUGUAGAAAAACUACACUAUUUUCUCUAGUUCAGACUACAGCCAUUUUUCUUACUAAUCUAGGUUGCUGUAGAUUUACGUUUCCUGUAUUUUGUCAAUUAGUUUCUUGUAUAAAAGUACAAACCAUAAUAUUCUCGGUCCCAGACCACACUUCUCGCAAAAAAAUAUAUAUAAAACGAGUGCUGCAAGCUGCGCUGUGCUAAUGCCUCUCACC